AUGUCAGAACAAUCAUUAGAACAUAUUCUCUUUAUGCAAAUAAAAGAAGAUACAAGUGAUACAGAUAUUAAAAGACUAACUGAUUGUAUGGAAGAACUUAAACAAUUACCAGGUGUUUUAAACAUUUCAUUUGGUAGAAAUUUUAGUGAUAGAAGUGGUGGUUAUAACUGGGGUUAUCGUGUAUUAUUCGAGAAAAAAUCAGAUCUUGAUUUCUAUGGACCACACCCAAUUCAUGAAAAAUUAAAGGCAAUUCUUAAUGAAGUUAAAUCUGGUCCACCACUUGUUUGUGACUAUUUGGUUCCAAAAUUCCCAUUCAACAAAUAUUAA